AUGAGAGGCAAAGCCUUCCUUCUAGGAACCCUAAUUUUGUGCCUUGUGCUUCAAGUCACCGGCCAGGACGAGGACGACAACCCUCUGAUCAACCAUUACGCCGACUAUGAAUCAGUUCAUCCGAGCGAAUAUUUCAGCUCCGGUUACCGUCUCAGCGACGGAACCCAAGUCAUCGUCGAGGCAAUCAACGAACUCCAAGGCAUCAAGAGGCCUAAAGCCGGUUUCCAUUGCGUGGGGAGCAAGAAACUCUGGACGAAAUCUCUCCCGGGAGAUCGUUUCUUCGCCAAAUUCUUAUUCUACAGGAUCAAUCCAAAGGCGAGAUGGGUUCAUCGUUGCCAUUUCAGGUCGAAUUUGGGGUACGCGAAUGUGAAUAUCGUCGUGACUCCAGCCCUAGGUAGAUCUUGUCCUGAUUAUAGAUGUAUUUUAGCUAUUAGAAAAGAAGGGCUUUUGAUGAAAGAUACUAAGGAACUCACUCCUUGGAACCCUUGGCCCCGUCGCCUUCGCCAGCCUUUCAACCCUGGCGGCUCUGGCCGUGGCCGGGCCCGACAAGGUGGCCGACAUUGA